UGCUGGCUACCGUGGCACAGUGGGUUGGGGGUCUAGGGGCCCCGGUGGUCCUAGGGACCCCCAUGGCUGUGGCUGAGCAGCCAUGGCCCAGGUGCGCCUCAUAUCAUAGCCCCAACACCAACAGCUGCCAGGACCUGGGCAACUCUAUCCUGUUGCUGCUGGGCCUCAUCAUCUGCAUGAACAUUGGCAUCAACAUGGUGACGCUGCUUUGGCGCAGACUCCGAUUCUUCUUACACCAAAUGUUCUGCAGUAUUGUUUCUGAGAAAGAAGCUUCUAAGUCAUCCUCACCUAGAAAGAAGACCCAGCACCCAAAGCAGAGCUCCCCUGCAGUCCAUCUUCGAUGCACCAUGGACCCGGUGAAAAUGACCGUGACCCCCCGGCCCGCUCGCCGCCAGCGCCAUCGAGGCUGGUCAGCACGCCAUGCCCACCACCCAACAGCCUGGGCCCCCGACACUGACGAUGAGGAGAAGCCCCCUCAUCAGCACACGGCGAUCUGCUCCCACAACUGGGACCACCCCUCGGACUGGGACGGCUUCCAAUCCACCCAGGGGUUCUGGGACCCCUGGGCCCAGGACACUGCAGGGCUGCCUACCCAGGGCAUCCGCUUCCAGCAGGCCGUAGAGGGAAGACCCCUCAAAAGAGAGAUGCGGUCAGAGAUGAGCCUCGAGGCCUACGUGUACCCUGUGAACCCCCCGCCCCCCAGCCCACAGUGCCACAAGAACAACGGCGGGAGGGCGGGCGCUGAGGGGGGGCAGGAGCAGCACUCGCCUGACCCCCCGGCCCCACCGCCCAUCCGGGGUCCAGCGGUUGUCCCAGAUAUCCCCCGCAGGCACCCCUCACGCCACCUAGUGUACGAUGCCCUAGACGUGAGGCGGCGGCUUCGGGAGCUGACCCAGGAGGUGGAGUCUAUGGCCCACUGUUACCCCAUGGCCGCCACCGCCAGAUCCAACACUGCUGAGGGGGUGAACAAGGACUGGGUGUACCGCCCCCUGACAGAGAGGUGACUGGGAGGAGAAUAAAAAAAGGAGAGAA